GUUGCAUUAGUUCCCUCUUCCUCUGUCUCGAAGUAUGUCGGGCGUUUGGGUCUUCAAGAAUGGAGUGCUUCGAUUGAUCGAGAACCCGGCCAACGAGCAAUCAUCCACCAUUCGACGAAAGGUUCUGCUCCACAUCCCGACCAAUGAAGUCAUUACUUCCUACGAAGCCUUGGAGCGCAGACUGAUGAGUCUUGGGUGGGAGCGGUACUACGAUGAUCUUGACCUCCUCCAGUUCCACAAGCGUUCUUCGGUCGACCUAAUCUCUCUCCCCAAGGAGUUCAACCGGUUCAAGUCGAUGCACAUGUAUGACAUCGUCGUGAAGAACCGGGAGACAUUCAAAGUCAUUGACAUGUAGACCGAGACAAUAAAUCAGGUGCACAUGUUCUUCUGAUCACUUUGAUCGAUCGAUCAACCGAAGUGUGUGAAUCUUCUUACCCCUUUGAUUGUUUGUGAAACAAUUAUUAGUCGUUUGCAUGUUUCCUUUUGUAACCUCAAUCUCUUGUGGCAAGCAUAUUGUAAUAUGUGUAAUGGUCAUGUUGAUAAUUAAACCUCCGUA